AUGUACGGCAAAGGCAAGAGCAACAGCAGCGUCCCGUCCGACAGCCAGGCCAGGGAGAAAUUAGCACUGUACGUAUAUGAAUAUCUGCUCCAUGUAGGAGCACAGAAAUCCGCCCAGACGUUUUUGUCAGAGAUAAGAUGGGAAAAAAACAUCACACUGGGGGAGCCCCCAGGAUUCUUGCAUUCCUGGUGGUGUGUAUUUUGGGAUCUCUACUGUGCAGCUCCAGAAAGACGAGAAACAUGUGAACACUCAAGUGAAGCAAAAGCCUUCCAUGACUAUAGUGCUGCAGCAGCUCCCAGUCCAGUGCUAGGAAACAUUCCCCCAGGAGAUGGCAUGCCAGUAGGUCCUGUACCACCGGGGUUUUUUCAGCCUUUCAUGUCCCCUCGGUACCCUGGAGGUCCAAGGCCACCUUUAAGAAUACCCAAUCAGGCCCUGGGAGGUGUCCCUGGAAGUCAGCCACUCCUGCCCAGCGGGAUGGACCCCACACGGCAGCAGGGACAUCCAAACAUGGGAGGGCCGAUGCAGAGGAUGACUCCUCCGAGGGGAAUGGUGCCAUUAGGACCACAGUCUGACCCUUGGUUGUCAUUGCAGAACUAUGGAGGUGCCAUGAGACCCCCACUCAACGCUUUAGGUGGCCCGGGGAUGCCUGGGAUGAACAUGGGUCCUGGGGGUGGCAGACCAUGGCCAAACCCAACCAAUGCUAAUUCUAUACCUUAUUCUUCAGCAUCUCCUGGGAACUAUGUAGGUCCCCCAGGAGGUGGAGGGCCACCAGGAACACCCAUCAUGCCUAGUCCUGCAGAUUCAACCAACUCUGGAGACAACAUGUACACUUUAAUGAAUGCUGUACCUCCUGGACCCAACAGACCUAAUUUUCCCCUGGGACCAGGGUCAGAUGGGCCGAUGAGUGGACUGGGCGGAAUGGAUUCACAUCAUAUGAAUGGAUCAUUAGGCUCAGGAGACAUGGACAGUAUUUCCAAAAACUCUCCCAGUAAUAUGAGCAUGAGCAACCAGCCUGGCACUCCCAGAGAUGACAGUGAGAUGGGUGGAAACUUCCUAAACCCUUUCCAGAGUGAGAGCUACUCCCCUAGCAUGACAAUGAGUGUGUGACCCGCUCAACAGUGUCACCACGAAGACCACAGUGAGUUGGCCCUCUCCAGAGAGCUACUGCAGAAGAAAAUUGCUCGUCCCAGUGUACAGUUUAACUAAAGGAUCUCAGACACAAUCAGACCCACCUGGUUUGUUUUUCUUUUCCUACCAUCUCCCCCAUUUUGUCAAGGAAGUGGGUCCCAUGCUUGAGACAACUGUAAAGAGUGCUGUGACAGACCUGUCCGAGGUGGAACCGCAAGACUGUCUAUGUGUGACAUGUGUGGGUCAAUGUCGUGUGUGUGUGUGUGACACAGAAACACACACGCACAUCCAGACACCCACAGGACAUUGUAAAAUAGUAUCACAUCACAUCUUAAGUAGAAAUGAGAAGUAGGGACUUCUAUUCCAUUUUUUUUUUCACGUUUACAUUUUAAUUAUUAAAAUUUGCUUUCCUUGUCCCCUCUUGAACUGUUCUACAUUGCAUAUAUCACUGCUUUAUAAGUUAUUUUUUAAGUUGAACUCAAAUGAUAAAUUCUUUUGAUUUUGUUAAUGUCUGCCAUUAUGGAUAGGAAUAAAAUUGCUUAUAAGAGCUUUCAUUAACUUGUGUUUGAUACCAGCUACCCUGUGAAUCACAAAUUGUACUGUCUCAAGAAAUAGAAGAAAGCUCAUCUUAAUUUUUUUGAGAAAUUUGAUAACUUUCACAUAGUUUGGGGAUUUUUUUUUUUUAAUACUUUGCCUUUAAAAAGAAAAGAAGCACUGAAGGUUAUUUUUCUUCUUUAAUUGAAGCCUAAUAUCUGCAAUAUCUAUUUUAAAUGGAAGCCUGAAUUUGAUACAAGCUUCUCAGUUUAUAUAGAGUACUAUAAGGUUACUGUAAGUGAGCUCCAAUUGCUUUAGAAUCUAGCAAUAAAGAACAGGGCUUCCCCCUGCCCUUGGAAAUGAGUUUUCUAUUUAGCAUGGUCUUCUGUAGGGGUGGUAGUUAGUGGAAAUACAGUAGAGUCCUUAUCACCAAAACCCUUUCUAACAACUUACAAUUAUGUUUCCCGUUUUCAGUGAUUCUCAAAUGCAUAGUAACAGUUCAUGGUCCUAAUUAUAAACAGUGUUUCACAAGCCCAUUCUGUGAAUCAGGUCACCAUGCUGCUGCUUGGGUGUGUGUUUUCUACCACGUCUGCCAGAAUUAAUUCCCCCAAAACUUUCCAGUCAGCAGCCUUUUUUGAGCCAAAAUGUUGCAGUACAAAAGGUCUUACCUUUUGCCAUGAACAGAAGAGGAACAAAGCUCUGGGCCAUUUUAAGAGUGGAACAACCUGUUAGGUGUGAAAGCUGGGAACAGAAGGGAGAAAAGGUCCUAAAAGAAAUGCUUCUGGAAGCCGUCCCAUAUCUCCUGAGGCAGAGCUCUGAAACCAAGAUUAUGGUACAUUUAUUUAUUUAGUGAUCAACAGGCUGAUGAUCAGCAAUGUGGGCACAAAGUGGCUCAGCAGAAAUUCAGGCCACAGACAAAAAGCAGAUUUCCCUCCCUGGACUUACAGAUAGAAGAGCCACUUAGAGAGGAAGAGCAGUUCUGGGGUGUGGUAUGUCCAUGUGCAAGGGGAUUUUUUUCAUUAAUUGUGAUAAAGGAGCAUAUGGGAUGGGCUUGUUGUGAUGGCAGCUGCACGUACUGGGAUGUGUAAGGAAUACUACAAUCUCCUAACUCAUUUUUAUUUCCAUGUAUUAUAUGUGUAUAUCAUAUAUGGAAAUAAAAAAGAUUUAACACUUCACUCUCUUGUUAGGGCUAUUCAUGCUCAGAGGCUUAAAAUUAUGUUAAAGUAUCAGAUUUUGGUAGCAUUACCUUUUAGUAAUAAGAACUACUUUGAUUAGUUGUAAACAUCAACUAUAUAGUCAUUAUAUGGUUUUGUAGACUGUAUUCCCAGUGAUUAUGAAGGUCACAUUCAUCUGUUUCUGUUUGGAUAACACUUUGUUGCUGUCUCCAAAGAUGGAGACACUAUUGACUUGAGUUUCAAACACAAAAUCAGGUGUUAAUUUCCUCAGACCCUUUGCUGUUGUCACUCACACCAUUGGUGUGUUCCCAGAGUCCAGGUGUCCUUGCAGCCUGUGUUGACACCUGUAUUAUCUAUGGUAGCCUUCCAGGAAGGACCUGGGGACUCUUUUCUGCCCAGUUCCAGUCAGGUGAUGUCACUGGCUCCUGGACUGAGGUAGAUGGGGGCUGUGAAUCAAGUGUCAAAGCCUGUUCGCACCCCAGGUAAGUGUCCUGUUGGGCACUUUUGCAGGAUAGAAGUCUGGCCACCAAAGCUGUCAAGGAAGCCCCUUAAAUGGAAUCGCCAACAUAUAUUGGAUAUUGCUAUCAAAAUAUGUUAUCCUCAUUUUAAUAUAUGAGUAAAACAUUCUUUCAGGCACCUGAUUUACUUGGUGUGUCCAACGUUUCUCAUACCCACAUAGCCCCACCGACAGCAGCUGAUUUUUUUUUUUGUAAUAUGCACUGGGCUUUUUGCUUGUUCAUUUUUCUUUCUUUUGCUUACAAAUCCUUGUAAGAUUUUCAUCAUACCUUGAGUAUCAGUGUGGAAAGAAAGACUAUUCCCAAGCACUGAGUUUUUGUUUCUUACACUCCAGAUAUCAGGAGCAAUGUAACUGCUGUUCGUUCUUAUGCAACAGCAUUAUUGAUAAUGUCAGAACUUGUCCAACUCUGGGAGCAAUUUUAUUUUAAGUAGUGCAGGAUAGGUUUUUUUCCUCUGGGCUUUUAGAUAGAUUUUGCUCUUUAAUAUAGAAAUAGAUAAUGGUGAAUCUUUAAAUGGGUCUUUCAGACAAGGUUAAAUUAAGUCUUUUAACAGAAGUGAUUAAAUCUUAGAGUAGCAAAAAUAGGGAGUAGGACAUCUUUCAUACUGUGAGAACUCUGGCAAGUAUUCUGGCCUUGUAGAAAUCAGCUGAAAUUGGAAUUCACUUCUGAACUUCACAGGGAAACCAGUAUUUAACGUGCUGCAUAAAGCUAUGAAAAUGAGUAUUCUUACCCAGAUUUAUCUGCACAUCACCCAGAUUUUAUCACCGUGUCCAAGGCCUGGCAAGAACAGGGCUUGGGGCAAGGAAGAAGCUGUCUGAAUCACAGGUAAAGCACAUGGCCUGACAUGUGGAUCAACAAAAUACCCAGGUAUUUGCAUGUAUGCAUUGAGUUAUUGAUCGCCUGAGCAAGAGGAAGACCUGCAGUUGCACUCCAAAAAAAGUGCCAUUUUUUAUUUCGUUGAAGAGCCCUAGUAAGUUCAGUGUUGAACUUUUUAUUCCUUUUUUUCCCCCCUUACCAGUCAAAAUGACUUUUCAGCUGAUACAUGUUACACCUAAUUUCUAUUUCUCGUAUCAGUUAAUUAUUUUUGAGUGUUUCCUCCUGUUCCUGGUCAGCCCUGAUUUGUUGUUAUGAUGGCUAAAUAUGGAUUGGAUUCUUCAAUAUUUGACCCUACACAUUCGCAUUUCGAUAAUGUAAAAUAUAGCUUAAUGAUGUAAAAAGUACAGGUAAAUUUACUUUUCUUUAAUUCACUGUAAGUGAUGAUAUAACUGUGGCUCCUGUCCCGCUUGGACCUUAAGGAUGGGAAUCCUGACAAAGUACAGUUCUCAAAUAAACCCCCCAAAAUUAUUUCAAUAGUGACAUCUCACACUAAGGAUCUAAUUCAGGAUUUAAUGAUCCAAAACAACUAUAAAAAUUAAAAGACAGAUGACUUAGAUUUAGAUUUUACUCUAUGCAGCUCUCUCUGCUUUCUAGUUAUUACUGGCACAGUCCUACAGGCUGCUGCUUGUGCCAGUUCUCCUGCUGAAACUUGGAUGAAACCACUCACAUAAGGUCAUUUUUUGGGUAGGACUUCACCCUGAUCUGGGUCAAAUGUGUAACUUACCUAAGGUGUGACAUUAUUUGGCAGAUGUGUAAACUGAGUACUUAGAACAAAAUACAGAGGGUCCAUUGAAAUUACCGAAAUGAUGUUUCAACCUGAAAAAGUAUUUAAAAUACCGCUUUGAGCACAUGCUUGCAUAUUGUCUAUAUAUUGGGAACAAAUUACCAAAUUUAGAGAUAAAAAUGGAUCAUCUUAUUCAGCACAUUAAAACUCUGGUCCUUUCAUUGAGUUGGCCUUGGUUUGAAAUUAAGCCUGCACAUUGUUGAUUUUAAACAGAUUUAAGAAUACAGGAAAUUUCCUACAGGAAAUUAGGAAAGUAGGACUGUGCUUUUGAGCAUGGAUGGUCUUUCCUAAGCAGACAUUAUUUUAAAGUUAUCACCAGUGCAGGAGCAUUUAUGUAUCAAUAGUACUGACAUGCGGAGCAGAUUUGGCUUUCUUCUGUUUCUUACUUUGUUAGAGCUUUGUUCACUACUACAUUAACUAUUUUUGUGAAUUUGUCCUUCCACCUUGUUUUAAAUCGUGCAGCCAUAGUUACCCCAACACAGCCAACAGCUUUGCAGUUUUAGUCCAAACUUCUGUUUGGUCACUGUUCUUCAUUUAAGCUUGAAGUGUGUAAGAAAGCCUCUCAUGUAAUGGGAAAACUUGCCAUAAAAAUGUAUAAAGGUUUUCUUGGGUACAUGUUUUCACAUUUAAUAAAAACGCAGUUUUUGGUUAUAAUUUGAAGUGGUCAGUUUCUAGCCACUAUUUAAUUUUUGUGUGCAGAAGAAAUUGAGAGAGAAAAAAAAUCACACUUUGAGUUUUUGUUUUGCUUUGGUUUGAUUUUUUUUUCGUAUUUGUUUGAAUUCAGCGUCAUAAAUGUUUGCUGAAAGAUGUGUUUUUUGGGAGAAAUCAGAUCAAAACCACAUUUGCUGCCUAGUUGUAAGUAGUACAGGUGGACUUGGUGUUGAAAGCUCCUGCCACAUCCCCAAAAGCAUAUCUCUUGAUUUCUGAUUUGUGUGGCUUUGUAUGAGCCUGAUUCACAAGCAGUGAUUUAAUUUGUCUGUCCAGUGCUUUCAGUGUGUCUCAUGGGAGGUCCAGGGUUCUGUGGUCUCAGGAGACUGACCGAGUGGUCGAGCAAGCUUGUUCCCAGGGUCAGGGGGUUCAGGACCCGGGGAUAAUCCACCAGAAACAAGGUGUUUGUUCGCUACCUCGCUGUUCUCUUGAGAACUUGCACAACUCUUCUUGCCAGUAGGUUCUGGGGAUCCUUUAAGAUUUUACAUUGCUGAGACAAGAAGCUUCCUUUUGCUAAGAGAAAAUCCUGGCAGUUUUUAGCAACAGUUUUCGUACGGAAACAGCUCAAAACAUGGGGAUUUGGAAAGGUGAUGUGUUUUCUCAGUAGCCUGAGUGUGGCAGGAAAUAGAUUGUACAAUUUAGGAGUUUGGGCUGUUACAGAGAUACUGAAAUCAUCAGUAAUUGCUUUUGAUGGGAAAAAUCACUGGCUUUGGAACAACUGCUCUGAUCCUUGAGGAGUCAAACUGUCAGCUGGGUGAACUGGAUGCUUUAGGCUUUUUUUCCUACUGUUUAAUCUUCAUGUUUAUCCUCUCUCAUUUGGAUUUUCCCGUUAAAUGUACUGUGCCAGAUCUUUGCACAAAAAUAAGAGCAUUUUGCCCAAUAAACCUGCAGAAAGUUGUUCACAUCUGUAACUACAGCCCUGCUGUAGAGAGUUUAUUUCAUUAUAGAGACUUUUGACCAUAAGAACAGAUAAGGAGUGGCAGUGCAGCAUCCUGACAGCUCUCACUGCUCCAGAUCAGGAAUGCUAGCAUCCCACAGACUCCCAAAUUAGGUGAGAUGGCUCCUAACAAUGACAUAAAAUAGCUUGAAAUAAAAGCUGAUUCUUGUCAUGCAGAUUAGAGGAAAUAAAAUCCCAAAUACAGGAUGUAUUUAAUUAAGGUAGAAAUACACUAAAGCCAUCUCUAACAGGAGCACACAGCACAUCCAACAACUUGGAAAGCAAAGCAGCAUUGCUAAAUUGUUGUCAAUAAACAUAACAUUCAAAAGCAGUUAUAAGCUAUUUUUAAUUUCCAUUUUUCAAGUCUAUUUUAAUUUUUCUGAUUAACUUGUGGUUUUGAUUUGAUUUGAAUUUACAUUAAUGGAUAAGGAAGAGAACACAAGUUCCUAAACUAGAGCUGGAAUUACAGACAUGAAAUAGUGGCUUGAGUAAAGCUGGAGCUUUCUGUUAGUUAAGAAUCAAGUAAAAUUUUUAAUUAUUCUUUUUUCAGGACAAAAAGCAUCCAAACAAUAAACAUUCUUAGCCUUGUUGUGGCUAUUUGAGAAGUGUGAAUCAAUGCUAUGCUUGGAGACCAGUUUUCAGGGCUUUUUUUUUGUGGCAGGUAUCCCCGUGCAGUGCAUCUAUUUUGUACAUGUUUGUCUAAAGCUACCAAAAAAACCCACCUUUUUUUUUCCUGAACUUCUGUACAUACAUCUGGUUCUGGUGGGAAGAGGAGGAAGAUUUGGUAGCUGGUGGGUUAGCAUAUUUAUGUGAAUUACUUAAAGCAUUAGUAAACUAUUGUCAACUCUGUUCACAUUGCACAAGAUACUCUGUGUAGUCUACUGCUGGUAUUAUAACCUAGGUGAUCAGUGCAUAUUCUGUAAAUUCCUGUAGGUUUUGUGUAAGAAAUCUUGUCACCACUGCUUACUGCUGUAAAUUCUUGUUUUGAAGCAAGAGGUGGCAUUUGAUUGUACAGCCAUGUGUAUCAUAUACUACAACAGUCCUUGUUCUGUCCUCUAGACUCACUGUCCACAUAGAGUUGAAGCUCUGUUAAGCAUGCGUAAUGGUUUCAGAAUUUAUUUCAGACAGCAGAUCUAUAAGCCAUUUACAGGAAUAUUAAAUGUAAUGUAAGAGAAUCCAACCCAGUUCGUACCCUUUCUUGAGAGCUGGCGGUUGGAUUUUAGCAGGCAGCUGCAGGUCAGCAGGUUCUAUGGCGUCCCAGCUGUGGCUACCUGCACACCUGGGAGGUGUCACACCUGGGCAGGUGUCCCCUGGCAAAGGGGUGCCCCAGGUACAGCGCCUGGGCAGGCUGCUGCCUUACAAAGACGUGUGAGCUAGUGUCUUUGUUUCUUCCCAAAAACUGCAUCAGUGCCAAGACUGAAACCCAUCUUUAAGGGCAUGCAGGAGGUGCGAUGCUGCCUCCCUAUUGUGUCCUCCUCCCCACCCACCACAGGCUCCACCUGAGGUGGUAUUUUAAGGAGAUUUUAACUCUCUGUCUGUUGAGAGAGAAAAAUAACCUGAAUUCUUGGACUAUGGAUUCUUUUAUAUAGUAUUUUAUGAUGUACAGCAAAGACCUGAAAAUGUCUGUGUGUUCUUUGCUGGUUUCUGACAUCAGAAAUUCAAGUCCUGUCUAGUCUGAAAGGCAAUGAUGGGAAAGGUGGAAAAGCUUGGAAAGUUGAAGGGGAUUCUUACUUGGAUUAUUUUAAAUGUUUUUAUUGAUAGCUUAAAUGACUAGGUUAAUCUCUUGAAUCAAGGCAGUCUUAAUGACUUUGCACCUUCACCAUUUCAUGUAAGAGUUUGAGAACUUGCAAUAAAUGUUUCUCACACUUACAGUCCAAUAUGUAGAUAAACUCCUUAUAUUUCUAAGAUCAAAAAAUAUUUCUACAGUUACUUCAGCCCUUUACAGAGAACAACAGGGCAAUCCCAAUCCCAUAAUCCCAAGUAUUUGUAGGUGUAUUUUAGACAAAGAAUGACUUUCAACAUCAUAAAUGAAACAAAUGUUCAAUGUUCCAGUCUCUGGAAGUAAUGGAAACCUCAGUAAUUUUGCAAACCAGCAAGAAUUAAACUUGUCAAUAUAAAUAUUAAUGUAGAAAGUGCAUGCAAAACUCGAUACUGCCUCUGACCUUAAGCAUUAAUAUUGAUAAUAUUGGGGAUCUCACAAAUGUUGUGUGUUACAGAACCGCUGUAUUUCUCCUCAGUGUGUACUUCAUCUUCAUUACCGACAGCUACUGCAAAGAGCCAAUCCAUGCCGUAGCUGAGGCGUGGAGAUACAAACUUCCCACAGCAUCAUAAAUACGUGAACAUGUGUGUGUGUUGUGUUAGGAUGAGUAACCACUCCAGCUACAAACUCCUCCAGACCUUGUCUGUAUUUUCAGAGCAGCCUGUGGGAUGGGUUUGGGAGGUCAGCAGCCUGUGUGGAUGCUGCCUGAUAGCGAUCCCAUCCCGCAUGGCCUCGGAUCUGGCUUUGGGGGAUCAUCAUGAAGUCAAGCCUCACUGGUUUUUAUCUGUGAAAAGUUCCUUGCCAGACUGGGAACUGUAAAGACACGGAUAGUGCGGGUCACUGACCCAGAGCAUUGGAGCCUCAGGCAGGACUGUGAUAGACAGUUUGUCAUGGUGAUACUGUGCCACCACAUCAGACUUGUUUCCGCUCCACACUGUGGCCUGAUUCAUCCUGCCAUAAUCUCAGCUGGCUAAAAAUUACCAUCCUGGGUCUCCUGUGUAAGUCAGAGGAGGGACAGGAGAGGAGAUGCCUCUGGAAGAUUGUAUGAUGGCAUCAGCUGCCCUGCCACUGAUGAACAGCUGGAAUUAGGUGGGAUGAAUCCAUGAGUUUACAAUUGGCUUAGAUACCUCUGCACAAAAGUGUAUUUAUUUGAGCUUGGUAAGGACAAGAAUAAUGCAAGUUCUUUGAGCCUGAAUCUGAGUGGCUUACAGAUGAGUUUCUGAAUUCAAUCUCAAACAUUAGAUUUCUGCCCCAUAGUUGCUCUUUCAUUUUUACUUCAGGUUUUAUGAACAGGUGUAACUUUAACUAACUUGUUGGAAGGUUUACACCUGCCUAGAAAUGCUCACCUUUAUUUGUUAAGUGGGCUCCCUCGUUGCCUGCACCGAUUCAUUUAUUGUAAGCAACACAUGAAGAAACCAUUGCAUAGAUCAAUCAACACCAGCAAUAGCGUAUGCAGCUUUUAAAUUCAGCUGUGAGCUUGGAACUAAGGUAUUAAUGUUCAUACUUUCUGGGUAUGGCUAAAGAUUCCUUUCCUGAGAGCAUUAAGGAAUAAAUCUAGGAGGUUGUGAUUGAGGAUUGAGAGAGUACAUGUAGCAAUGGCAGUUUAUGUUGCUUUGUUUUCUUUCUGUAAACGUGUGAUAAAUGUAUUGCGAUUUCAUGUGCUGGUUUGGAGAUGAGGGAAUAGCCGGUGCCAAACAGAGCAGAUCUCUGCAGGCAGCUUUACGGUGGGUUGGCAAAGCCUGUUUACAGCAGGUUCCACCUCAGGCCUGCACCGCACCCAUCUCAUUCUAGUUCACUUUGAUACCUUCCUUCACUCGCUGCUGGUACAAAAUCAUGACAGCAGUUGUAUGAGUUCUUGUUGUGAGCUGAGGAACAGGUGAAGUUUAAAAACACAAAUGUUGUAGUUUGCACCUUUCACCUUCGUGGACUGUCCAUGUUCUCACAGCUGAGCUGGGACAGCAGCUGCCUCCACAGUUGCCAUGUAGCUCCAUCCCACAAAAUUGGGUGUCAUUUUUUAUGAGUUUAACAGGAGCAAUAUUGAUCCAUUCACUUUAUUUCCUAAGUUGUGAAUCACUCAGUGCUGGAAAUGAUACACAUCUUGUGUCGCUAUGAAUAGAAAAACUGAGAGUUGUGUUUUAGGAUGUGCUGGUACAAUCCCUGCCUGCUGUUCAGUGUUUCGAGUGCUGAAGUUAACCAAAAUGUUACCUUCGUGGAUUAUCUCAGCCUCAGCUCUGUGUAAAAGUGGGUAUGAAUUUCCAGUUGCUAUUCCUGGUUUCUCUGUGCAUUCUGAGCCAAAGGUAAAACAGUGGGAAAGAUGGUUGUGGCAGCCACUCAUUGACAGCUUUUCAGAUACGUAAGGCCGUUCUGUCUGUCAUCUGACACUGUUCCAGUUUUUUCACUGGAUCAUCAUGCUGUUGAAUAUCUCGAUGGGUGUUGUCAGCCAGUGGAGGGAAGGUGAAGGAGCUCACCACCCAGGAAGGGUAAAAAUGUAGCAAGUAACAAGCUGUCUUCUCCAGAAGUCAUUUAUUUGUAGUGCUUCACUGUCAGUAACAUUUGUACCUUCAAUUAUUAUUGUACCGUUCAGUAUCUUGAGGUGGUAUGAGCAGAAAUAUAUGAAUAUAUAUAAUUUACAAGACGUAUAGGCUUGUACUGUGCCUUUGUAAUUCUCUUCAGCUUCAGUAUCUAUAUGCUACAAGCAGACAAACUUCCCUCUUUUAGGGUGUUCUUUACUAGAACAGUAGCUGAUGGCUUCAUUAAUACUGACUAUUUUAGUCUUCUGGGGCUAACAUUUAUGUUUUUCUGGGUGAAAACGCCAUAGUGCCCUCAGCAGACGUAAGCACAAUGACAUAACACUGCAGUGCAUGCUGUCUCUUAGCUUCUCUCUACAUGUGCUUGCAUGUUGGAAAUUCAGAAGUGCUGCUGUAUAAAAUUGCUACAUUAUUUACCCAAUACAGGUGUUCUUCUGCAUCCCUUUUUAGCUCAAAACUCCUGUUGUCUUGGAAGUUAGUGAUGGCUCAAAAGGGGGUUUUGGCUGCACAAAGGAUGCAGGGAGCAACUCCUAAGUAGUUUACAGGCUGCUGUAAAUGUCUUUUCGGCAAAGAAAUGUAGCAUUUUAGCUGUAAAUUCCUAGUGAAAACACUGAGCGUGCUUAUCACUUAAGAUUUUAAUGGAAAAAAAAAGGUGUCAGACUGUGUAAUUUUAUCUCAUCUAACUUUGACACUUAACCAGUUUUACCUGCGUGUUUAUGCUACACCAACCAACACAGACCUGAAAGGUGACAGCCUUGUCUUAGUACUGCAGCUACUCAAGAAGUCACGGUUUUCCAGAGCUUCUGUUUGGAUUUUUUGUUCCUUUAACACAUUUUCAUUGCAGAGGUAUUUUUCUAUAGAGUUACUUGAGGCUUUCUUUAACCAACGCAAGAGCCUGUAGCCCUCUGCACUGUGAAAGGCAAAGCCCUGUGGGGACACUCAGGCUUCGUGCUUGCCCAGCAAAUUAGCAGAAAUUUCACCCAAGCCAUAAAAGCCUCUUAUGUUAAUCUCUAUUUAUGUAAUUAAAGCAAUUAGGGGUAGGAGCUUCAGGAAUAAUGAGGUGUCUCUAUCAUUCAUUUACUCUCUCUCUGUACUUCCUAGGGAUUUAAGGGUUCUUUUUCCAAGGCUCAGCUGUGUUUCCUCAAACCAGUGCAGUCCAGGCAUUGUGUGAGGUGCAGUUUGUGGAGAUAGCAUUGGAGCGUGAAAGAUUUACUUCUGGUAGCAAGGAAUAAUCUGUGUCCCUGUGGACAGGGACACUUGCAAACAAGUCUGAUACCGAGAAUUAAAAAAAAAAAAAUAAAAAAAUUGAAGAUGGUACCAGUACAUCAGACUCUGUUCUACAGUGGGGUUUUUAGCUUUUGUCAUUUGUAUUUUAUUUUGUGAAAAAGGAGUUGGGGGGAUCUCAGAUCACAUGGGGAAUAUUAGAAGUAUAUCACUCAACAAUCAUUUUAUAAAGUCUAACUUCAAAAUGCACUAUGAUUUAUUACAAAAGUAUAUUUUCUUCUGCUUGCCGACAUGGUGGUUCCAUUUUGUGAUAAGUUAAACUCAGCAGUUAAUUUGUUGCACUGCCUGGCUGCAUGACUUCAUCCAGUGUACAUACGUACCUGUGCAGCAUUACUUUUGGGGUUUGUAUUUGAAUUUGCAGUAUUGAUUAUUAUUUUUGUAUUUUACUUUGCCUCUGUUAUUGGAAUUGUAGUAAACAUAAUUUAUACAUAUGAUUUUACAACUGUUUUGCAACUGAAAAGUCUCCUUUAAAUUGUAAAGUUUUAUUGAUGGAUACUCAUUAAAAUGGUAUAAGAAUUAUAUUAACAAUUGUUUUGUGUUUUGAUGCUCUCUGUACAUAAAUAUAUGUCUAUUUAUCUGUUUAAUGGUGCUUGUGUCUUGCAAUUUUGGAUACAUUUUAGAAUAAAGUUUCAUUUUACAAGAA